AUGGAUUACCAGAUCCUAUCGGCAUCAUCCACGGCCAAAACAAAGGACAACUGGGUGGGACCUGGUAUCUACAGAUUGACGUCUGCGGUACACGAUGGGAAAUAUCUCGCAGUCGAUGAUCACAACAACUUGGUUGUUGCCAGUGGUUCACAAGAGAACAACGACCCAAAGCAGCAGUGGCAGAUUGCUUAUGCCGGCAAAAUGAAUCUCAAAGGUGAUUCCAAGGAGGCUUUUGUCACCGAAUUCUUCCUCAUAAAUGUCAAAACAGGCAGCUACUUGAUUGAUGAUGAUAACGAUAGCCUUACUAUGGGCGUGUCGCCUCCAACGUUUAACGGAAAGACAAGAUGGAUCCUUGUCAAUCGACGAAUUACAGAAAAGAAUCAGGCAUUUGACGAUAGAUACAUAAGGAAAAACACCAAGGAUGCAAAGGAACUGGCUUGCAAUGGUACCGAAAAGGCCGAGGCUGCAAAGGCACUGGCUUGCAAUGGUACCGCAAUUAACUUUAUCGACUAUGUUAAAGACGAGCCGAGUAAUGACUGUCAAUGGCAUAUCGUCGACAAUAUUGCAGAGUGA